AUGCUGGAGGAGCCGGAGUGCGGGGCGCCGGGCGCCCGGGGAGAGGCCGCAGCCAUGGAUUGCAAAGACAGGCCAGCUUUUCCAGUCAAGAAGUUAAUACAAGCCCGACUGCCAUUCAAGCGCCUGAAUCUUGUCCCCAAGGAGAAAAUUGAUGAUGGCUUGGACGACACAGGGGGCUCUCGGGGUGGCCCUGUGCAGACUCAAGUCCACGACUUAGAAACCUCUUUGGACCACUUGGAGAACUGUCACAUGGGUUCCAACAUAGAUUUUAGGCCAAAACUUGUCAAUGGGAAGGGACCCUUAGAUAACUUUUUAAGAAGUCAAGUUGAUACCAGUAUCGGCCAGACUGUGGUCAUAAUCGAUUUGACAGAGGACUCGAGCAACCCCCUGGACAACAUGGUGGGCCACAAUAAACUGAACUCUGUAGCCUCCCCUGCUCAGAAGAACAUAAAUGGGGUCCCAGACAAAGCUGGAGAUGACAGGGGGCUGCCAAAGCCCAGUCAGAAGGACGAGCUGGCGAGUCCCGAAGAGGCCCUUUCAGAAGUUCCAUGCAAGACAGAGGCAGGGGGUGCUGACUCAGGGGGUGCAGACAGGAGAGAACUCGCACAGAGGGGCUCACCCCAAAACUGUCCUGAGCUGACUGGUGGCCUGAGCAUGUGCUCUGAGAAGGACCGGGACGGCUGGAGUGAAGCCGGGGGCAUCCUGUUCAAGGGGAAGAUGCCCGUGGUCGUCUUGCAGGAUAUCCUGGCUCCCAGACCGCCAGCCAGUUCUCCUCCCGCCACUCCUCCGGGCCAGGCUGUGCCUUCUGAGAGUGAGACGCCGGAGUCCAGCCCAGAAGAGGACUUGGCACUGAGCCACUCGUCCUUGAGCUCAUCCUCUCCCACCAGCUCCCCCGAGGGGCAGUCUGUGCCCACAAAGCUGCAUACAGGCCCCAGCCCCCUCCCCGCCUCCACACCCGUCUGCAGAAUAACUAAGAAACUGGUCAGAGGCUCUGCAGAGAAGAACAAGAUGAAACUGCAAAGGGAUAAGGAGCGUCUGUGGAGGCAGCUGAAGCUCCAGGCCGAGAAGGAGGAGAAGGAGAAGCUGAGGGAGGAGGCCAAGAGGGCCAAGGAGGAGGCCAGGAAGAAGAGGGAGGAGGAGAAGGAGCUGAAGGAGAAGGAGCGGCGGGAGAAGCGAGAGAAGGAUGAGAAGGAGAAGGCGGAGAAGCAACGGCGCAAGGAGGAGAGACGCAAGGAACGCCAGGAGGCUUUGGAGGCAAAGCUGGAGGAGAAGCGGAAAAAAGAAGAGGAGAAACGGUUGAAAGAAGAAGAAAAGCGCAUUAAAGCUGAGAAGGCCGAAAUCACGAGGUUCUUCCAGAAACCAAAGACUCCACAGGCCCCCAAGACCCUGGCCGGUUCCUGUGGGAAGUUUGCCCCUUUCGAAAUCAAAGAGCACAUGGUCCUUGCCCCUCGAUGCCGGACUGCCUUUGAUCAAGACCUCUGUGACCAGCUUGACCAGCUCCUCCAGCAGCAGAGCAGCGAGUUUUCCUUCCUGCAAGAUCUGAAAAGCCGGCGGCCGCUCAGAUCUGGGCCCACUGUGCUGUCUAACCGGAACACAGACCUCUCUAACAGCGAUGUGGUGAUUGUGGAGAGCAGCAAAGUGGACGGCGUUCCUGAGCGGAGAAAGUUUGGCAGGAUGAAGCUCCUGCAGUUCUCCGAGAACCACCGGCCAGCCUACUGGGGCACGUGGAACAAGAAGACGACAGUCAUCCACCCAAGGGACCCCUGGGCCCAGGACAGGGACCUCCUUGACUACGAGGUGGAUAGCGACGAGGAGUGGGAAGAGGAGGAGCCGGGAGAGUCCCUCUCCCACAGCGAAGGGGACGAUGACGAUGACGUGGGAGAGGAUGAGGAUGAGGAUGAUGGUUUCUUCGUGCCCCACGGGUACCUGUCUGAGGAUGAAGGAGUAACCGAGGAGUGUGCCGACCCGGAAAAUCACAAGGUGCGCCAAAAACUGAAGGCCAAGGAGUGGGAUGAGCUUCUGGCCAAGGGAAAGAGGUUCCGCAUUCUCCAGCCUGUGAAGAUCGGCUGCAUCUGGGCGGCCGACAAGGACGGCAGUGCCGACCUAAAGGUGCUGCAACAGUUCACGGCCUGCCUGCUGGAGACUGUGCCCCCCGAGGAGGAGCAGACGCCCAAGGCCUCAAAGAGAGAGAAGAGGGACCAGCAGAUCCUGGCCCAGCUGCUCCCACUGCUGCACGGGAACGUGAAUGGGAGCAAGGUGAUCAUUCGGGAGUUCCAGGAGUGCUGCCGCCGAGGACUGCUCAGCAGGGACGCCGGCAGCCCGGAGCACAGCGCCGCCAGCCCCCCAAGCCCUGGCGCUGCCCGCCCACAGACCCCUACCGCUGGCGAGGACACAGCCGUGCCCUCCAAGGCGAGGCUCAAGCGGAUUAUUUCUGAGAACUCGGUGUACGAGAAGAGGCCCGACUUCAGGAUGUGCUGGUACGUCCACCCACAGGUGCUGAAGAGCUUCGCCCAGGAGCACCUGCCUGUGCCCUGCCAGUGGAGUUAUGUCACCGCGGUGCCCUCGGCCACCAGGGAGGACAGUGGCAGCGUCCCCGCCCCGGGGCCUGGCCAGGGUAUGCCUGUCUCACUCAAGAGGAAGUCGGCGGGUAGCAUGUGCAUCACCCAGUUCAUGAAAAAGCGCCGGCACGACGGGCAGGUUGGCACUGGAGACCUGGACGGCUUCCAGGCGGACACAGAGGAGGAAGACGACGAGGAAGGCGACUGUGUGAUCAUGGACAUCUCUGAUGUUGGGGACAUCCAGGACCCAUGUGGAACCACUUCUGGAUCUGGGGGGUCAGUGGGGAUGGACACCAGUGAGAGCCUCGUGGCCCCCACCUCGCUUGGCCCAUCCUGA